CAAUUUCAUUCAGUUUAUAACGGAAAGUUCUAAGCGCCGGUAGUCCACGAAAAGAACUCGGUCGAAUUGCAAUACACAUUUGGAACUACGAUAGAAACCUAUUUAAGGCCACAUCAUACACACACUACCCAACUUUACUAUAGCUUAAACUUAGUGUGGAGCGGCGGAAACUUAAGGGAAAACCAACCCAAAUCGUUCUGUACCAACACCCCGCUGUGUACAAAGAGGAAAACCUACCCUUACGGAGACGGCGAAAAGGAAAAAUUAUAUUGAAUAGUUCGUGAACUGCACUAAUUUUCGUUUAGGUGUUGUGUUGAAUAUCAUUCGGGAAGGUGAAUAGAACAGAAGUGCACAGUGUAUUGAUUUGUCCCUCUGUUGAUGGCUGCUACUAAAAUAAUCGAUGCGCCCCGUAAUGGCCACGAAAUGGCACCCCUCAACACGAGGGCACGUGGAGAUGGUUCGCAUGGUGUUACAAUUGUCUUAACUGCCCCACAGAGAAACUCCGUUAGUUCCGUUGAGAUACCUGGAGAUCCAGAGCGGGCAGCAUGGUCGGGAAAAAUGCAAUUUUUCCUCAGCAUUAUUGGCUAUUCAGUCGGCUUGGGAAAUAUUUGGCGGUUUCCCUAUCUGUGUCAACAGAACGGUGGAGGUGCGUUUUUAAUACCUUUCAUGGUAAUGCUCAUACUGGAGGGCAUCCCGCUCUUCCUCAUUGAACUGGGCAUGGGGCAGAGAAUGCGUUUGGGUGCCCUGGGUGUGUGGAAUACAAUUCAUCCCUGGCUGGGAGGGAUUGGAAUAUCUUCGUGUAUUGUAACGUUGUUUGUGGCGCUGUACUAUAAUGUGAUUAUCACCUGGGUGUUUUUUUACCUAUUCAACAGUUUUCGGUAUCCCCUGCCGUGGGCGUCAUGUCCCACCAACGAGACGGGCGCAAUUGUAGAAGAAUGUGCGCUGUCGUCAGAAACUGCGUACUUCUGGUAUCGCACCACCUUAGACGCUGCUCCGUCCAUGGAAGAGCCAGGUGGCCUCAAAUGGUGGAUUGUGUUGUGCCUCCUGCUGUCAUGGACCAUUGUGUUCUUCAUUGUGAUGAAGGGCAUUCAGAGUUCCGGUAAAGUGGUCUAUUUUACUUCGCUCUUUCCCUAUAUUGUGCUGACAAUCUUCUUUAUACGCGGUAUAACAUUACCUGGCGCCAGUGCGGGUCUAAUGCACAUGUACACACCGAAAGUGGAGAAGCUGGCCGACCCGACGGUGUGGCUCGAUGCCGCCACGCAAGUCUUUUAUUCCUUUGGCCUUGCCUUUGGAUCGCUGAUAGCCUUCGGAAGCUACAACACGCCCAAAAAUAACUGCGUUCGUGACGUCUUGCUUGUGUCGGUGUGCAACGCUGUGACAGCAAUUUACGCCAGCGUGGUCAUAUUUGCCAUUCUCGGCUUCAAGGCGACAGCGAAUGUGGAUCGUUGUGUCGAACAAAACAAAGAAAUACUUUUUAAACAUUCAAUGAUAACGUCUCCAAAUAUAACAACGGAACAGUAUGAAGGUGUUAUAGCUGGCCUGAACAUGACCGAUCCCAAAUUGGGACUUAGCAUCUGCAGUUUGUCCAAAGAAUUGGAUAACGCGGCCGAAGGAACGGGUUUGGCUUUCAUUGUCUUUACACAGGCCAUUGUCGAAUUGCCAGGAGCGCCAUUCUGGGCAGUUCUAUUCUUCACAAUGCUGUUAUCGCUGGGCCUGGGCUCCCAGAUCGGUAUACUUGAGGGCAUGCUGUGCACGUUGUUCGACAUCGACAUCAUCAAGCGGGUUAAGAAACAACAUGUAACUGGAGUGGUGUGUCUAUUCUGCUUCAUUGUCGGUUUCAUCUUCUGUACAGGUGCUGGCGAGUAUUGGCUUAAGAUGUUUGACUCGUUUGCCGGUACCAUUGGCCUUGUCGUGGUUGCUCUUAUGGAAAUGAUUGCCGUUGUCUAUAUCUACGGACAUGAGAGAUUUACUGAGGAUAUUUAUCAGAUGACUGGUUACCGUCCCGGUUGGUAUUGGCAGUUGACAUGGCGUUUUAUUGGGCCUGUGAUUAUGGUUGCCAUUCUCGCCUCAUCUAUUGUAUUCAUGAUCAUCAAGAAUCCUACCUAUGGUGCCUGGAAUGGUGAAACGGGAUCGGUUGAACCUAAGGAUUACCCACCAUGGGUGAUGGGCAUUGCAUUAGCCAUGAUCUUAGCAGGUGUGUUGCCAAUGCCUAUAGUGUUCUUGAUGCGAAGCUUCCAAUGCCUCAAAGUGGAUUUGGACAUUCAUCAAGGUUCGAUAAGAAGAAAUGAGACAACCGCCUCAACCAAAGAGAUGAUCGACAAUGACGACGAUGACGACGAGGAUGAUUUUAGUGGUCCUGCUUUGGGGGGACAUGUUAAAACGCACAGCGAUGCCUCGGACGACGAAGACGAUAGGCCGGUUACAAUGCGUAGUGCUAUGAUGCGAGUUACCGGAAAUCACCUAGAUGUGCCAACGAACCGAAAGCCGUUCAAAAUGGAAGUUUUCGACUUGUAAAUGCCUGUCCAAUAGCUGCGGUAGAUUUUGUUUUGUCACUUUGCCCACAAACUCGAACUUAAUUUUUAUUGGACCGAAGUAGCAGCAUCAUCCGGCAACAUUCACAGCACUCGAACAUUCUAUCAUACAGACAUUACACAAGUACAUAUAUACAUAUGUGUGAAAACCAAAUUCAGAUAUAAAUUAUAUUAAUAGUUUAGCUACUAAGUGAAGAGGAUACGUGCCGCCGAAUGGCAUUCGUCCUUGUAAAUGAACUAACGAGAACAACUAAUUGAAAUUAAAAGUAUUUGUAAAGUACCGAAUUAUGUAGAAUAGUCUAGGAGUAGUAAGAACUAGGUCUAAGAUUACAAAACGAAACUAAGACGACGACACAUUUAUUUGACAGCUAAAUUUUGUUCUUCAUACCGACCUCAAUGCACACCUAAAUAUUACUUACAAGUUAUAUACUACUUAUUACAAAUGGCAGUAACAGUGUUUGCUAUUAAUUUGUUGUUAUUGUUUAUUUUUGUCAGUCACUUUCUACACAAAGCCAAAAUCUAGCUUCUUAAUGAAUAUAGAAUACCUUUCCACAGAGUUAAACUCGACAUAUUCUAGAGGUGUGGUUAUGUUACUUUUUAGCUGAUUGUCAGGAGAUAAUUUCACCUAAAAUCAAAAAAAAAAAAAAAAAAAAAAAAGAUUACAUAAACAUACCACACAUGCACACACAAACACACACACCAAUGUACUCCAUAUUCCAUAGUUUACUUUCGAUUACCAAAUUUAUUAAAUGUUUUGUUCCCUUUUCAAUGAACGAAAUCAAAUGAAUAUUCCAAAUAGACAAGUGUGUUCAAUAGAAUUUUAUUCAAACUUAAAAUUUAAAAUUUAAUCGUUUCAAAAAUCGUCUACCAUAGGAAGAUUCUAGCAUUUUCCGAGAUUGGAUUAUUUUAAUAAAUAAAAUGUAAUUGAUGUACAUAUCUUCAUAUCUUUCUAAAGGGAAUGAAAGAGACACGAUGCACGUAGAAGUUUAUUUAAAUUACAUUCUGAAUAUUUCUUUUCACAUUUUUUUAGAACAUUUUUAACCUUUCUGUGAACACUACUUAAAGCACGUUUCAGACGCAUAUGAUUGACGAAAUGUCAAUGAGAAUAAAUGGAAAUCUAUCGCUUCGCACUUGUCUAUUUUAAAAAUAAUAAAGUAUUUCGUAUGACAAAAACUGCUGUGAAUAGGUUAUAGUGGUUGUAAUUUAAUGAAAAUACAUCUUUAGUAGUUUUAAGUAAAUACACAAAUACAUACCAAACACAACCUACCAACACGUAUUGUAUUGAUCUUGGUUUAUCCGAAACGCAACAGCAAGAACAAUUAAUUAAAAAAAAAAAAUAAGUUUAUGAUUAAAUUAUUCACACAGGAGAACAUUGAUUGACUUUGGACGAUUUUUAAUGAGACAAUAAACGAUUAUUCAUUAUCGAGUGCGAGGAGUAAACAUUUUUUAUCGAUUAAAGAACACAAUGAAACAUAGCUGAACAAAUCUGUAUUAGACCCUCACACACACACACACACACCCAAUGACACACAUAAGAUGUUCGCAUUAAAAAUCUUCAUCAGUUCUCAUUGUCAUUCUCAUUUGAAAGUUUCAUGCAGCCCAAGUUUUGGAUAUCAAUUCAAAUGCCAGAAAAAUAUUGCAAAUAUAAUUUUAAAACAAAAGUACCUAUUUUGGUUUUUUAAAAAUAGAUUUAAACGCAUUGACAGAAUUCACCCGGAAAAUGGUGGACGCACUGUUGGGCAAACCUAUUUAGAUCUAAGUUAUUCUAAUUGUAGUCGAGGCUAUUUUAUGAUAUUAACAACAAAAUCAACAACAAUUAAUAUAUAUCUACUCUCAAUAACCAAAAAAAAAAAAAAAAAAAGAAAAUUGUUCGUUUUUAAUUUUGAUCCAAAUAAAACCAAACAACAAACUAUAAA